AUGAUGCUAGUUACAGCAGGAGUACAGGACCUCUAUUUGCAGGUGGGUUUCAGGGAGAGAGAGAGAGAGUAUGGGAAAAUUCAAAGUCAAUAUAAGAAAAUUGAGUCUUCUUCCACACAAUCUUCACCUACAGUGGCGGACUUGGAUGCUAAGUUUGCUGAUCACGUCUCAAUCAACAACUCUGAGUCGGAGGUUUUAAGCAAGAAUGCUCGAAAGAAGGAGCUGAAGAACAAAGAGAAGGAGGAAAAGAGGCGUCUUAAGGAACAUGAGAAGGAGAAAAAGGUUGCUGCCAUGCCAAAAUCACAAGUCCAGAAGCAGUCUACUGCAGAUGAUGAGGAUGUGGAUCCAACGCAAUUUCUUGAAAAUCGCCUGAAAACACUUGCUGCUCAGAAGGCAGCAGGAUUGAACCCCUACCCUCACAAAUUCCAUGUCUCCAUGUCCAUUCUUGAAUUCAUAAACAAAUAUGAAAGCUUAAACAGUGGAGAGUAUCUGGAGGAUGUUCAAGUAUCUUUAUCAGGGCGAAUUAUGAGCAAACGGGCUUCUGCAGCAAAGCUCUUCUUUUAUGAUCUUCAUGGCACCAAAGAUACAAGAGUGCAAGUUAUGGCUGAUGCAAGGAGAUCUGAUUUGGAUGAAGCUGAAUUUUCCAAGUUUCAUUCUGGUGUGAAAUGUGGAGAUGUAGUUGGUAUUGUUGGGUUUCCAGGAAAAAGCAACAGGGGAGAGCUGAGUAUUUUCCCAAAAACAUUCAACGUCUUAACUCCUUGUCUUCAUAUGAUGCCAAGGCAAAAAGGCAAUGUGAAGAAAACUCAUGCUUGGAUUCCAGGAAGUGGCAGAAAUCCUGAUGCAUAUGUAUUAAAAGAUCAGGAAACACGAUAUCGCCAACGUCCUUUGGAUCUAAUGGUAAAUUCAGAAGUGAGAUUUAUAUUCGAUACCCGUGCAAAAAUCGUGGAAUACAUCAGAAGUUUUCUUAAGAAUCUUGAUUUCAUGGAGGUUGAAACUCCGAUGUUGAACACGGUUGCUGGUGGGGCAGCUGCCAGGCCGUUUGUGACACAUCACAAUGAUUUGGAUAUGAGACUGUUUAUGAAAAUUUCCCCUGAACUUUAUCUAAAAAAGCAUGUUGUUGGUGGACAUGAUCGUGUAUAUGAGAUUGGAAAACAGUUUAGGAAUGAAGGGAUUGAUUUGACACAUAAUCCUGAGUUUACUACUUGUGAAUUUUAUAUGGCUUAUGCUGACUACUAUGACUUGAUGGAGAUAACUGAACAAUUGUUAAGUGGCAUGGUGAAGGAGCUAACAGGUGGCUACAAAGUUAAAUAUCAUGCGAAUGGGCAACUUUUCCACAAGAAUGAUCCCAUUGAAAUCGACUUUACCCCACCUUUCAGAAGGAUUGAUAUGAUUGGAGAGUUAGAAAAAAUGGGUAAUCUUAACAUACCCAAAGACCUAGCAAGUGAUGAAGCCAAUAAAUAUCUUGCGGAUGCAUGCGCAAAAUUUGAAAUCAAAUGUCCUCCACCCCAAACAACCGCACGUCUACUAGACAAACUUGUGGGACACUUUUUGGAGGAGACAUGUGUUAAUCCUUGUUUCAUAAUGGACCAUCCAGAAAUCAUGAGUCCUUUGGCCAAAUGGCACAGAUCCAAACCAGGCUUGACUGAACGUUUCGAAUUGUUCAUCAACAAGCACGAGCUUGCGAAUGCGUACACCGAAUUGAAUGAUCCAGUGGUACAACGUCAACGAUUUGCAGAUCAAUUAAAGGAUCGACAAUCGGGGGAUGAUGAAGCGAUGGCUUUGGAUGAGGCGUUCUGUACGGCUCUUGAAUAUGGGUUGCCGCCAACUGGCGGUUGGGGUUUGGGUGUUGACCGCCUUACUAUGUUGUUGACCGAUUCAUUGAACAUCAAGGAAGUUAUCCUUUUCCCGACAAUGAAACCACAGGAUGAAAGGUUUUUGGUGUCUUGUCAAGCAGCCCCAAGUACAACCCUAGACAACAUAGAGGUUAUUGUAGAUCGUAUAUGUAAGGAGAUUAAGGAAGAGCUUAACGCAGAUGCCAAAAAACAUGAAAUUGUCAAGUUGUAUGAUGAAAUUGAUGCCAAAAAACAAGAAAUCGCCAAGAUGUAUAACGAAAUCAUAAAGCUCAACCAAGGAAAUAACCUACCCUCUAGUUAG